UCUUCCUUGUCCCCUCGGUACACUGUCAGCACGUCAGGAUGCUGCUCAGAGCUGUGGGACCCAUCCUGAUGCUACUUAUCUGGAGUGUCCGAGCCACAUCCCAGCCAGACGAAGACAGACUGAGAGUGAUGAGAGUCGAUCACAACCAGGAGCUUAGUGCAAUGCAGGAAGACCUUCUCUUGAAGUUACUCUCCGGAUGGGCUGAUACUGUAGAAAGCAAUUCGUUAGAAAUGGAUCGAGGAGCCUCGGAUGUCGUGGACAAUAAUGUAAUUCCACGUUCAUCUUCUGCAAAAUUCCCUCAUAUUUUGCCCCGUGAACAUGAUCGCAAAGCGCCUUGCAAAAACUUCUUCUGGAAAACCUUUACUGUGUGCUAGUAAAAAAAGGGAGAGGGGUGGGGGGAGUUUUUAGUUUAAUCUUUCUCAUCCACUUUUUAAAUAAUUAAAUCUCAACGGAACUGUAAAUCAUGUGACAUUAUCAUUGACUCCUGGUUGUCUGAUUAAUUGUUAAACUUGCACUUCAUAUUAAACAGUUUA